AUGACAGGAACAGCAACAUCCUCAAAGUAUUCAGAUUCAGACUUCAGCAGCGGCAUGGCAGGGAUGGUUUUCUCCUUGGAGAGUUCAUCCGUGCCACUGUUGUGCGUUACCGGCGACAAGUCAGGAAUGACGACCUCCUCAAAGCAUUCAGACCCGCAUUUCAGCGGCGACAUGUCAGGGAUGAUUUCCUCCUCGAUGGGUUCAUCCACAGCACCGGCAUUGCCUUCAGUCUCACACUUUGCCUGUGACAUGCCAGGAUUGACGACCUCCUCGAAGCAUUCGUCACACUUCAGCAGCGACAUCUCAGGCAUGACUUCCUCCUCAGAGAGUUCAUGCUCAUCGCCACCACUGGUGCCAUCUUCAGGUUCGCCAUUCACUGGCAACAUCAGGAACGCUCUUCGGCAGCAGCACGUCAGGGAUGGUUUCAGGGAAGAGCUCGUUCGCACCAUUGCCAUCUUCAGGUUCACGCUUGACCGGAGACAUGUCGGCGAAGAGCCCCCCAAAGGGCAGUUCGGAAUCGGACAUCACCAGCAGUGGCUCGACAGGGGUGCUUUUGACAUCAGGCUUGGCCUCAAGAGGCUCCAUCUGAUGGAUAGUAGGUUCAUCUUCUUCAAUCUCAUAGGGGUUAUCCAAGCGAUCACCAGCAAUGCGUCCGUGCAGGCCACCAUUACCAUUGGCGAUGAUAGGGAUGGUUUCUGCAGAAUGCUCCGACCGAUCUACUUCCACCCUGACUUUGAUCUACAGGGCAUGACAGGAAAAAGAGAAGAUGUUCCCGUGGUUCAUGAAUUUUACAUCAGGUGA